UAGGCCUGCAUACUAUCAGUUAGGCCUGGGAGGGACCAAGGGAGAAAUCUGACUCUCUCUUGGAGUGAUGCAAUGGUAAGCUGUUGAAUACGUUAUUAAAUAAUGGUCAGGGAAUCCUGAGACUCCUUGUUCCCCAGCAAGAUAGAUUUUGAAAGCAAUGAACCUUCAGACUUUGAAGAUCUUGAGAAAACUUGUACCCUAGCUAUUUACUUUGUGAGAAUGUAAACAGUGAGAUCAGUGUCCUGACCACAAUAGUCCUGUGUUAUGGGGAUGGAUAGUUAAAUAAUGGAGACAGUCAGAUCAGCCUCCAGAUAUGAGAGAAUGAAAAUGCCUGGCUCUUAAACAGGCCUGCAUGCUAUAAGCGGCACACACAUGUGUGUAGCAUUAGGCUUGCUGGGGUGGGACUUCAGGAAGGACCACGGAGAUGGGUUGAGAAAGAAGUGGGUAGACGGUAAGAGAAGAAGACCGAGCCAGGUUUCAGAAGAUAGGCUGCCGGACACAAAGAUUUAUCAAGACUAUUGAAAGCGUAACCAUCCAAGAUGCCUGUCCCUCCCCCGCCAGCACCCCCACCACCACCAACAUUUGCUUUGGCCAAUACAGAGAAGCCUACCUUGAAUAAGUCUGAGCAGGCUGGAAGAAAUGCUCUUCUCUCUGACAUCAAUAAAGGGAAGAAACUAAAGAAGACGGUCACCAAUGACAGAAGUGCACCAAUAUUGGACAAACCGAAAGGUGCUGGUGCUGGUGGAGGUGGUGGCUUUGGUGGAGGAGGGAGCAGCGGUGGCACAGGAGGUGGUGGACCUCCUGGAUUGGGAGGACUAUUCCAGGCUGGAAUGCCGAAGCUGAGAUCCACAGCCAACAGAGAUAAUGAUUCUGGAGGAAGCCGACCACCAAUUUUGCCACCAGGAGGAAGAUCCACAUCUGCCAAACCCUUUUCACCCCCAAGUGGCCCAGGGAGGUUUCCUGUGCCUUCUCCAGGCCACAGAACCGGUCCCCCAGAGCCUCCAAGGAACCGAAUGCCUCCCCCAAGGCCUGAUGUGGGCUCAAAGCCUGAUACCCUUCCCCCUCCAGUACCUAAUACACCAAGACCCGUUCAAUCAAGUCUUCACAACCGGGGGUCCCCACCAGUGCCAGGAGCCCUCAGGCAGCCUAGCCCUGGGCCUACUCCUCCCCCUUUCCCCGGAAACAGAGGUGCUGCUUUUGGAGGAAGCUCCAUACGCCAGACCCCCUCAGGCUCCUCCUCACCCUUCUCAGGCAGGCCUCCUCUGCCCCCAACCCCAGGCAGGGCCCUGGAUGACAAACCCCCUCCACCACCCCCUCCAAUGGGCAACAGGCCCUCCUUGCACAGGGAAGCCGGUCCACCUCCUCCCCCUCAAAACAACAAGCCUCCAGUGCCUUCUACGCCGCGGCCUUCCUCCGCCUCACAGGCCCCACCUCCUCCACCGCCACCCAGCAGGCCUGGCCCACCUCCCCUGCCUCCGGGUUCCAGUGGCAGUGAUGAAAUCCCAAGGCUCCCACAGAGGAAUGUGUCCCUCACUUCAUCUGCACCUCCCUUACCUUCACCAGGACGGUCGGGCCCUCUUCCUCCCCCGCCUAAUGAGAGGCCCCCUCCUCCAGUGAGGGACCCACCAGGCAGAUCAGGACCCCUCCCACCACCACCUCCAAUAAACAGAAAUGGCAGCACAUCUCGGGCCCUGCCCGCCACCCCCCAAUUGCCGUCCAGGAGUGGAGUUGAUAGUCCCAGGGGCGGACCCAGGCCACCUCUUCCUCCUGACAGACCUGGUGCGGGGGCACCUCCCCCACCACCGCCUUCAACUUCAAUUAGAAAUGGCUUCCAAGAUUCCUCCUGUGAAGAUGAGUGGGAAAGCAGAUUCUACUUCCAUCCGAUUUCUGAAUUGCCACCUCCAGAGCCAUAUGUACCAACGACCAAAACGUAUCCCAGUAAAUUGGCAAGAAGUGAAAGCCGGAGUGGAUCCAACCGAAGAGAAAGGGGUGCCCCACCCCUUCCUCCGAUCCCAAGGUGAUCUUGACCUGCUCUUCUCUACUCAAGCUCCAGAGCUGCUUCUGAUGUUGCUGUCGGAGAAUUACACACCCUCCUCCCCACUUCCCUGUCCCCUUCACUUAGGGCAAGCAGGAAGAAGGGAGGGUGAGGUGGGAAUGUGUGUGUGCAUGUAUGUGUGUGUUGGGGGUGGGGGGAAUCCAGUAAAGAGAAGCACCUAGCUUCUGUUGUGUAUAUUGUCAAAGCUAUUGCUUGCUUCAGCUACAGCCUGCCAGUGUUGGCUGCUGGGAUCAAUAGGCUUUUGUGGAAAGUAGGCAGAGACAAAUUGUAUCCCAGCUUUCAACCAAACAAACUCAAAUAUUCACUGCUUAUUUGCUACAGGCUAUAAUUAUUAAAGUCCCUAAGAGCUGUUUUCGUCUGUGCGUUUUUCGCACGCUUGGCCUCCUGUCUGUUUCCAUGAACCACAGACUGCCUAAGCAAAUUGCUGAGCAUGGCUCACAUGAAGCUUCUGCAGUUACAAGGAUAUCCAAUCUUUGGCAGACCAAGGUAGGCUCCAGGACAGAGUUGUCCAGCAGAAACAUAAUGUGAGCUCCAUAUAUAAUUGUAAAAUUUCUAGUAGCCACAUUUUUUAAAGAUAGUGAAACAGGUGAAAUGAUAGUAUAUUUUAUUUAACCUUACACACCCAAAAUAUCAUUUCAACCAACAACCUAUAUAAAAAUUACUAAGGAGACAUUUUGCAUUCUUUUUUGGUACUAAAUCUUCAAACAAAAGUGUGUAUCCUACUCUUAGAGCACAUCUCCAUUGGAAUUAUUCACAUAUAGAGUGCUCAGGAACCACAUGUAAUGGUAGCUACCCUAGUGUUCAGCACAGUUCUGGAAGAGGGACAUUCAUACCAAAAUCUCUUAUUUUAAAAUCAAGAUUGAGCUUUAGCAAUUCAAGAGGCAAUAAAAUUAGGACCCAAAACCUUGUUUGGCAGGCAGCUUGACGUUUGAUUUUUGUCAUUUAUUUUUUCCCUUCCCUUGCUAUCUGUGUUGAAGUAUUGCUUCACAGUACCAAGGUCAGAAAUCAAUCUAAUAAUGGUUUACAGUCAUGUGGAAUCAAGCCAUUGGAAAGAAACCGAAAGCAUGUCAGGCCUUCCUAACUCAAAACCAGCUGGCUUGUGUGUUCAAUUGUCAGUUGGAGGCCUGUCUUGGAGUUUUGAAGUGGCCUUUGUUUUUCUCCCACUGAACAAACUCCUCAAGGCCUGGAGAAGCUAAGAAGGCUAGGUAGUAGGGGAAGAAAAUGAGGCUCAAAUCAGAAUCAUGGAAGAAGGGAAUAGAUUUGAGUUGAUGGGCAAAACUCUACAAAUCUAACUCUGAUGCUGAUGGGGUUGAGUGAAUUAGGGAGCUUGUUAGUAGAAAUUGGGAGGGAAUUUGUUUUGAACUCUCCAGGAGAAUCAUUUUUUUUAGAUCUAUGCAAAUAAAGCUCCACUAAAGGACCACGAGGAAGAGCCAGCCUUUGCCUUUUUUAAAUAUGAUUUUGUUUACAAAAUUUUACUGGGACUCUUAAAUAUAGCUAUAGAGUUGGAAAAAUAUUUCCAUGUUGAUGUUUUAUAUGGUUAUGUUUAAAAUUACCAUUUCUUAUUUUUUAAAAGCAUAUGACCACAUAUGUAUAUACCUAUCUACCUUAACUUUGUAUCAUGGGUUCAGUGUAUUAUUCAUGUAUUACUGGGAGAUGCUAACAAGAAAUCAAUCCAAAGAAAAAUUUGAAAGAUGCAUUCCUAUUUAUAGAAUAAAUAACUGUUUCAUUUAUAUAAAAGCAGAACUUAGAGUUCUAAUAAAUGGAAUGUCUAAUAAAUUAUGAAUUUACUGAUUGAAUAUAUUGUAUUUUUAUAACUUUCCUUGCCAAAGUCCCGGGUUUAGUACAUUAGAGAACUUGUUUUCGCCCUCUUUUCUGCCAUUCAUCUGUCACCUUCCACAUAGCCUCUUGGGCUCUUUCCCCAAAGAGAACCAAGGUAUAUAAAGGUGUAACAAGCUUGGUGAUUUAAAAUCACUGAGGUUUUGGUAAUUUAGCAGCAUCAUUUUAUUUUGGAUUUUUGAUCUGUUGGCAAUAGUGAAAAACAUCCCAUAAUAGAGCCCAGUGGCCCGCCGCACAAAAAAUGGAGUUUGGGCUUACUAGCAAAUGUGGAGAAAAUUCUGACCUCCAAAAAGGUAGGUCUGAGUUUUGUAAGGGAUAGCAGGAAUUGAAUAAUCCCUUGUGUAUCUCAACUUUGCAGGUACCUUUCUAAAGUUUGAAACAGGGUCACAGCUCAAAAUUGCCAUUCAUCCAGAAUAGAGAUGUUUUAGACUGUAUUUUUAAGGCAAUAUUUCAUUAAUACACCUACUUGCUGACUUUGAAAAAUUAUCAACCUAAUUGUAUCCAAAACUUUGAAUAAGUUCUAUGCUAAAAUCUUCAAACUCUGGCAAAUCACAAAAAUGAGUAUUUUCUUCCCUGAAAUCAAAACUUACAUGUAUGUUCUUUCCAUAAAAUUUCCAGAUAAAUGUAUUCAAGAUACAAUACAGUAUUUUAACAUUCACAUAUCAUUUUAUACUGAAAUGUAUUACAGUAUUAAAAUUCAGUGUUUGGUAUUUAUUUCACUAUACAUUUUAUUUAGUAAGAGCUGAGAAAAAUGUUUAAUCCAAUGGUGCCUUACUUUGUGAUUUAAAAGAAAUCAGCGUUUUAUGUCUAAGUAGCAGGUAAUUUGCAUAUUUGUAAAAACUCUUAGGCCUUUAUAUUUUAACUUGUAAUACCCGUUUGUUAUUUUAGUAGCAGAAAUGGGAUGGUUGUUCAAAUGCCCAAAAAUUUUUGGUAUGAAAUUAAUUUUUCCCUGCUUAUGGUCAGGGACUGUAGAGGAAGAAAAAUAUUUUUUUCAUACCAUUGCACUGUGUAAUAGACACAUUUUGGUAUCUAUGUCAUCAGGAUAGUUUAAAUGGUAGGGUAGAAUCUACCCUAGACAUCUGCGUCUUUGUAAGUUAGCCAGACAAUAAAUAAAAGCAGAAUGAUACAUGUC